AUGGGCACAGAGAUGAAAAAUUAUUGCGUUGGCCUGAUGCUAGUCCAGGAAUUUCUUGAGGAGUUCCUACAGACUUCAGAGAUACCAGAUCUCCCUGCUUUAACCUUCAAGAGUGGCAUAUUUGAUACCACAAUCUCUGUCAAAGAUGAGGUGCUGGCUUAUGAACCAUUUAUUGGCACUUUGAAAUCCUUUGCCCCCGCUUUAUCAUUCAUUGACACUUCCAAUCAUGCAGACACAAAGCUUUCUCAAGCUUUCUCAUUCACUGUCAAGCCGGACAUCAGCAUAUAUGCUGAUGGAACAUCCCACAGCUGCAAUGUUUCUAUUGCAGAAGUUCUUGUCAAAUUGAAGUGGGCUGCCGUUCAUGAUGCCUUUUGCGACCCUCCUCUUGACUCAAAGGACAAAUCCUCCUUUAUCAACCAGACUGUCUGUGAAGACCAUGCUCAGGGGUAA